CGCGCACGUCUCCAUUCCGAACGGCGGGUGGCGCUAUAAUUUGCUACAGUGUCCGUGUGCGGCUGCGCGACUCUCUUUUUUUUGUCGUUUGCUCUGUACUUCCGAGGACCAUGAGAAGGUGCAGGUCACCCAACCGGUUGGACGAUUGUAACAAUGCCGUCUGCUGAACAAGGAAGCCAUAAAGUAGAGACCUCGAAUGAGAGCAGAUUGAAGGCGCCGGGUUUGAGGGCGGCCAAGACCACCACUCUCUUCCGGGCCGUGAACCCAGAGCUCUUCAUAAAACCCAAUAAGCCUGUCAUGGCCUUGGGACUGAUUGCGAUAUCGCUGUGUGUGGGAUAUCUCGGAUAUCUUCACGCCGUCAAAGAGAAUAACCAAGAGCUGUACGAAGCCAUUGACAGCCAGGGUGAGCGACACAUGAGACGAAAGACAUCCAAGUGGGACUGAACAUGUUAAACGACAAUGUAAAAGUCGAUGAAGACCAGCGUUCUCAAAGAAACCAGCUCUUAAAGUGCACUGCAUCCCAUAAUGAAGAUGAAACACGAUGGAAAUUAAUGUAAACUUUUUUUUUGUUUAAUAGAUGGUGAGACAAAACCAUGAAGAUUCAGAGUAAAAAGUACCUGCCAUUUAUUUAAGUUUGUUAGGUGAUAGCUUCCUUUGUAAGGAAUGAUGUGUGUGUGAAUGCUGCAAAUACCUUUUUCAUUUCUCAGUUAUAAGCUAAAUAAAAAUGGCAUACUUUGUGUAAAUGA